AUGGAUGAUACCAAUAAUACUCAAUUAGAUGAACAACAACCAUUAGAUGCUGUAUUUGGUGAUAGAGUUCGAAAAUUUCAAGAAUUUUUAGAUAGAAUUGAUUCAAACACUGGGAUUGAUUAUAGAUUACAAAUUAAAAAUUUAAUUAUAAAGAAUAAAAAUAGAUUAAAUGUUUCAAUUGAUCAAAUAAGAGACUAUGAUAGAGAAUUUUGGAAUGGAUUAUUAAAUCAACCUGCUGAUUAUUUACCUGCUUGUGAAAGAGCUUUAAGAGAUACUGUUUUAACCAUUUAUGAUCCUUCAGAUAGUACAUUCCCAUCAGAUUUUGAUUCAAAUCAACAAUAUUACCUAAGUUUUAAAGGAGCAUUUGGUAAUCAUUCAGUCACUCCAAGAACUAUAGAUUCAAAUUAUUUAUCCAAGAUGGUUUCUAUUGAAGGUAUUGUUACAAGAGCUUCAUUAGUACGUCCAAAAGUUAUAAGAUCAGUUCAUUAUGCGGAACAAACUGGUAGAUUUUAUGCAAGAGAAUAUAGAGAUCAAACUACUUCAUUUGAUGCAAUUUCAACACCUGCAAUAUAUCCAACUGAAGAUAUGGAAGGUAAUAAAUUAACAACAGAAUAUGGUUAUUCAACUUAUAGAGAUCAUCAAAAAAUAUCAGUACAAGAAAUGCCAGAAACUGCUCCAGCUGGUCAAUUACCAAAGUCGGUGGAUGUUAUAUUAGAUGAUGAUUUAGUUGAUUUAACGAAACCUGGUGAUCGUAUACAAAUUGUUGGUGUUUAUAGAGCUUUAGGUGGUGGUGCAAACAAUGGUUCUACUUUUAAAACUGUUAUUAUUGGUAAUUCGGUAUAUCCAUUACAUGCAAGAUCUACUGGAGUAUCUUCACAAGAGAAAAUUACUGAUCAAGAUAUUAGAAAUAUAAAUAAAAUAUCAAAAGAUAAAAAAAUAUUCGAUAUAUUAUCAAAUUCUUUAGCUCCUUCAAUUUAUGGAUUUGAUUAUAUUAAAAAAGCUGUUUUAUUAAUGAUGAUGGGUGGUGUUGAAAAAAAUUUAGAUAAUGGGUCCCAUUUAAGAGGUGAUAUAAAUAUUUUAAUGGUUGGUGAUCCAUCCACUGCCAAAUCUCAAAUUCUAAGAUUUGUUUUAAAUACCGCAUCAUUAGCUAUAGCUACGACUGGUAGAGGAUCUUCAGGUGUUGGUUUAACUGCUGCAGUUACCACCGACAAAGAGACUGGUGAAAGAAGAUUGGAAGCAGGUGCUAUGGUUUUAGCUGAUAGAGGUGUUGUUUGUAUUGAUGAAUUUGAUAAAAUGUCAGAUGCUGAUAGAGUUGCAAUUCAUGAAGUUAUGGAACAACAAACUGUAACUAUUGCAAAAGCUGGUAUUCAUACUUCAUUAAAUGCUCGUUGUUCAGUUAUUGCAGCUGCUAAUCCUGUUUUUGGUCAAUAUGAUGUUCAUAAAGAUCCACAUAAAAAUAUUGCAUUACCAGAUUCCUUAUUAUCACGUUUUGAUUUAUUAUUUGUUGUUACAGACGAUGUAAAUCCUACAAAAGAUAGAAUUAUUUCAGAACAUGUCUUGAGGAUGCAUAGAUUUAUUCCACCAGGAAUGGUUGAAGGUGAACCAAUAAGAGAAAAAUCUAGUGUUGUAUUGGCUGUUGGAGAUGAUGAAACCAAUGAACAAGAAUUAUUAGAACAACCAAUAUUUGAAAAAUUCAAUGCAUUAUUACAUGCUGGUGUAGCAGCUUCUUCUGGUUCAAGAAAAACUCCAACUAUUUUAUCAAUCCCAUUUUUGAAAAAAUACAUACAAUAUGCAAAACAAAGAAUAAAACCAGUAUUGACUAAAAGUGCAUCAGAUUAUAUUGUUACUACUUAUUCAAGUUUACGUAAUGAUUUAAUAGGGAGUAAUCAAAGAAAUACCGCUCCAAUAACUGCAAGAACUUUGGAAACAUUAAUUCGUUUAGCUUCUGCUCAUGCUAAAGUUAGAUUAUCCAAAACUGUUGAAGUUAAAGAUGCUAAAGUUGCUGAAGAAUUGUUGAGGUAUGCAUUAUUCAAGGAAAUUGGUAAACAUGCUAAGAAAAGAAGAAGAACUACAACUGAAAGAAAUAAUGAAGAAGUUCAGUCAAGAAGUAAUGCUACAGAAGAAGGUCAACCUAGAGAUAAUGUUGAAUCCGAAGAAGAAGUAUCUGAAACUGAAACGGAGGAAGAGGUAGAAAGAGAAGAAGUAUAUGUACCAAGAGUUACUACAAGAAGACAAAGAUUCCGUGAACAACAACAACAACAACAACAACAACAACAACAACACCAAAAUCAAGAAGACGUUUCAAUUGAAGAUCACUUACGUAAUACUCAUAUCUCAAAUGAAAAUGAAAAUGAAAGCACUGAAGGAGAAGAAGAAGAUGCAGUACCACCACAAUCACAAUCACAAUCAACAUCAAGACCACAACCAUUGGCACCAAUAUCAAAUUCAGUAUCAAACGCACAACAGUCAACAAUAAGUUCAGAACGAUAUAUACAAUUUUCAAGAAUAAUAUCCAAAGUAUUAAGAUCAGAUUUAUUUAGUGGAGAGUCAGCACCAUAUCAAUCAGUUAUUGAAGCAAUAAAUGAAGAUUUAGAUCAAGAAGAUCAAUUUAGUGAAUCCGAAUUACAAAUUGGAUUGAAAAGAAUGCAGGAGGAGAACAAUAUAUUUAUAGAGGGCCAAAAAAUAUGGAAAAUUUAA